UACAGCAUUAGCUGCGGUUACGACAAAAGUUUUAUGUCGCUUAACAACUGUGUUUAAAAUGGCUCCCAGCACGAUGCCGUCAGCUUAACAAAACUUUUUUUUUCCCGACUACAACAACAAAACAAACUAUUUUUGCGUUUCGCAUAAGUACGACUUCUACGCUCUUCUUUAUUGGACAGGACGGAUAAGCAAGGCUUUCACCUUUCAACUUCCCGCAUGCGCAUUUGCCAGGGCGUUCCUCCCUUACGUCAUUUGGGUAUUUCCGCAGCCCGAGCCAGGGAUCGUCUCUCAAUGUCUGUAAAUGCGAAGAAGGGGGCGGAUAUCUAUUAGGGAAGGAAGAAGAAGAGGGAGAGCGAAACCGUGAAGUGGAGAAGUAAAAGAGUAUCGGUGGCGAAAAUAUUGUAUACAUUUCUGAAACUGCAAGGGGAGCUAGCCCCUGUUAAAGGCCAGCGUUGAACAUGGAUGGAUUCCAUUGGACAGACAUAGUUUCAAGCAUGCCUCCCUCCAUCCCACCUGUGGAAAUUAUAGAGCAGCCAAAGCAGCGAGGGAUGCGAUUUCGUUACAAGUGUGAAGGGCGCUCUGCUGGAAGCAUUCCAGGUGAACGAAGCACGGACACAUCAAAAACUCACCCCACUAUUAAGAUCAACAAUUACCAGGGCCCAGCUCGUAUUCGGAUAUCUCUAGUUACAAAGGAUUCUCCACAUAAACCUCACCCUCAUGAGUUGGUUGGAAAGGACUGCAAGGAUGGAUAUUAUGAAGCUGAACUUUCCCCAGAUCGGAGUAUCCACAGCUUCCAGAACCUGGGCAUCCAGUGUGUGAAAAAGAGAGAGGUGGAAGAUGCCGUCGCCCAUCGCAUUCGGACAAAUAAUAACCCCUUUAAUGUGUCUCCUGAGGAGCUGAAGGCCGAUUACGACCUCAACACGGUUUGCCUGUGCUUCCAGGUUUUCAUUCCUGAUCAGGCUGCUGGUCGCAUGCUUCCAUUACCAUUUGUGGUAUCCCAGCCCAUCUAUGACAACAGAGCCCCUAAUACUGCCGAACUGAAGAUAUGCAGAGUGAACAAAAAUUCCGGGAGCUGCUUGGGAGGAGAUGAAAUUUUCUUACUUUGUGAUAAAGUACAAAAAGAAGAUAUCGAGGUGAUAUUCGGUUUGGGCAACUGGGAAGCUCGUGGGAUAUUUUCCCAAGCAGAUGUUCACCGCCAGGUGGCUAUUGUCUUCCGAACCCCUGCUUUUCAAGACACAAAAAUACGUCAGUCUGUCAAAGUGCAAAUGCAGCUGAGGCGGCCAUCAGACAAAGAAGUCAGUGAGCCUAUGGAGUUUCAGUAUCUUCCAGAUGAAGGAGACCCCCACCAUAUUGAUGAAAAACGAAAAAGGACCCUUGACAAUUUCAAGCAUUAUGUGAAAAAUAAUCCUUUUGCAGGAGGAGAAACGCGACCCCAACGCAGAAUUGCUGUGGCAAAUCGUAAUGUGCCAACAAAGUCAGAGCCUAUAAGACCCAGCAUACCCGUUCCAAAUCCAGUGGUAUCCUGUCUUCCAUUUUCCAUGCCCGUUUUAAAGGCUGAGAAUGUGACUUCACCUUCGACUCUUCUGUCCACCGUCAACAUCAGCGACUUCAGCAAUUUAGGAUUUUCAUCACAGCCUCCCUCUCAGUCUGAUCACGACCGCUUAGAAUCCAUGUUAAACUACCCCUCAUUCCCAGGCGAUGCAAAUCUGGAUUUAGUAGAAAUGUUGCCACAUGAGAACGAAAGCCGAUGUACCAGUUUGAGUUCUAUUGACAAUAGUGAUUUCAGCCAACUUCUCAGCGAGUCACAAUCAUCUGGGACACUCUCUGCAGCUUUACAAGAGCCUGGGACUAGUCAAGGCACGUUCAUGGCUUAUCCUGAAUCCAUUGCUCGACUUAUGACCAACCGGCCCAAUGAGGAUGAGGGUGGAGAGAGAAUUGACAGUGGCCUGAUUAAUGGGAUGUUUGAUAUGCAGCAGGGAGGAGAUUCAUUAACCUCCUUAUUUGAGCUUGACUUUUCUUCUUUAUUAAGUAACAUGAAAUAAAUUGCUUUAUUAAUAUGAGCAAUAAGACUAAGCAUGAGACGUGCCUAAAUUGCUGUGGUUUCUGGAUGUUUGUUCAAAUGCAGUAGCCAGAAAUGUGUGCAUGAUCACUUCUUCAACCUCUUAAGACUCCUGUAGAUACUUUUAUCAAGAUAUUUUUAAAGUUAUAUUUCACCUCUGCUACUAUCAUGCAGAAUAAAAUAAGCAUGGUCUUAAAAGUAGCUGCCACUCAUUUAUAAGCAAGUUAGGUUGUAAGUAAGAUUUUUCUCAUUGCCUCCAUGAAUUUCAGUAAAGUUUUCUAUUUACUGGAGGCAAACCUUGUCUCUAAAGAA